AUGGGACGAGACGAGUUUUCGUGUCUUGUAAUACAGGAGCUAUUUGGCGCUCAAGAUGUUUGGCAGGAACUACAUAUAGCUACCAGUCCAGAUGAAAAAAUCAACCGUGGCACUGCUUUCGCACCUUCACCUCUCAGGAUUCUUGGAGAAAAUCUUAACCUCCCAGUACAUCUCAUUCCCCGGGCAAAACCGGAUUUCAAAAUCUGGGAGCCUCCUCGACCUUUCCUCGAUUCAGUGAAUGAAAUACCCUCACCCGACCGCCUGCUUGUCACAGCAUCCUUCGGACGCAUCGUUCCAUCCAGGAUCCUUAACUUGUUUCAUCCAGACAGGAGAUUGAACGUCCACCCAUCUCUUUUGCCCCACUAUCGAGGUCCCGCACCCAUACAACAUGCCAUUUUGAACGAUGAACACGAAACGGGCGUGUGCGUGAUAGACAUGCUCAAGAAAUCUCAAGGCAUUGAUGCGGGACCAAUUUGGGCCACUAGUCGGAUGAAUGUUCCGCAGGGCGCGAUGUUCUCCUCCAUGCGUGACGAACUUGCGGUCGAAGGGGGAAAGUUGCUGGUUUCGGUAUUGCGGGCUAUGAUAACAGACAAGGCCUCUCGAACGGUUCAAACCGACAUUGUACAAGCGAAAACUGCGCCACUCAUAAAAUUUGCAGCAGGUUUGAUUGACUUUCGUACCAUGACUGCGGAAUCCAUCGUCCGCCGGUACAGAGCAAUAUCUCAUCAGCGGCCUCUCACGUUAAACUUGCCUGGAGCGAAGACGCUCCAAAUACACUCCCCUUCAAUCAUCGGCUCUCCACCUCGCUUUGUGCCUGACGUUCCCGGUCGAGCGUGCUUAUCCAAACCCACUAAUUCACUUCUGAUACGGUGCGCAGCAAAUACAGUGCUGUCCGUUCCGUUUGUUAAACAAGAAGGAAAAGCCCUGGUCGAUGCCAGGGCUUGGUGGAAUGGUGCUGAGAGUCUUGGGAUGGUAACAGACAGACAAGUUGAUUUUACACUGCAGUCAUGA